CAGAUCAGAGGGCGGGAGAGCUGGGAGGAAGGAGGAACAGAUUCUCAACCAUGAACUCCAGCCAGCCGGGGACCUGUCCAUGCCAGCAUGCUACAGGGCGCCCAGCCAUUCUGUAUGCACUUUUGAGCCCCAGCCUCAGGGCCAGGCCUGCUGUGCCCCCAGACCGUAGGCAUUGCCUCUGCAAGCAGCACCGGCCUGUCCAGCUGUGUGCUCCUCAUCGCACCUGCCGGGAGGCCUUGGACGUUCUGGCCAAGACAGUGGUCUUCCUCAGGAACCUGCCAUCCUUCUGCCAGCUGCCCUUCCAGGAUCAGCAGCAGCUGUUGCGGGACUGCUGGAGCUCCCUCUUCCUGAUUGGGUUGGCCCAAGACACUGUGACCUUCGAGGUGGUAGAGGCCCCGGUUCCCAGCAUACUCAAGAAGAUCUUGCUGGAGGAGCCCAGCAGCAGUGCAGGCAGCGGCCAGCAGCGGGAUCUGCCUCGGCCCUCACUGGCUGCGGUGCAGUGGCUUCAGUGCUGCCUGGAGUCCUUCUGGAGCCUGGAGCUGAGCCCUAAGGAGUAUGCCUACCUGAAAGGGACCAUCCUCUUCAACCCUGACAUGCCAGGCCUCCAGGCCUCCUCCCACAUCUGGCAUCUGCAGCAGGAGGCUCAUCGAGCACUAUGUGAGGUGCUGGAGCCCUGGUGCCCAGCAGGCCAAGGCCGUUUGGCCCGUGUCCUCCUCAUGGCCUCCACCCUCAAGUCCAUUCCACCCAGCUUGCUUGGGGACCUCUUCUUUCGCCCUAUCAUUGGAGAUGUUGACAUCGCUGGACUCCUCGAAGACAUGCUUUUGCUGAGCCGACCUGCUCCAGGCCAAGCAGAGAUCAGCUGUAGCCUGGGCAGAAGCUGGCUGCAAUGAUUUGGCCAUGUUGUCCCCAGGGGUGACCCAAUGCUCCCAGAGGAGGCAAGCCUGUACAGACGCUGGCCCAGCUAGGUGGACUGCAUGAAUCCUCACUCAGCCACACCCCAUUGGUUUGGACAUAGUGCUCCAGCUGUCUGGCUGGCCCUUGGUAGUCCCCAGAGGCUCUGGACCAAGACUCCUAUCCUCUCCUGGAAUGCCAAUGGAAGCUUAGACUGCCCAUUGGGCAGACAUCCUACUGACUUUGUACAAAACUGACUUAAGUUAUUGGUUUUUGUAAUAAAAGGUUUUACAUCCAUGGAGCUGACACUGUGGAAGGGACCUUUGUGCAUGUGGAAGGGACCUUCUCAUCUCAGCCCCCAGCUCCCAGCCCCUAUCAGAGGGAGCCCAAGAGGAAGGAACCAUGAGGGAUGCAGGAGCCAGGCCUCAGAGAACUGGGAUAUUAAUUUCAGAGUAGAUGAUUUCAUUUCUGGGAUAUUUAUUUUGCAUGGAUCUGAAUCCAGAGGAUAGGAUCAGUUCAGGACCCCAUCACUUUCUUGUCUUUAUCUUUGGGGGAAAGGGGUUUCUCUUUGUCCACAAACCCCCUCACUGAUCCCUCCCCUCCCUCAGCUCCUGCCCCCUACAGGCUCCCUCUCACCUCAGCAAGUGUCAGAUCAUAGCCAAUAAAGAAAACUGAAACAGACAAGGUCACUGGAAUUUCUGUAGUUUG